GAUAUUCAUUUAUAUCAAAAGUUUUAUGAAUUCACAUCAAUAUUGCCCAGGAUUGAUGCUGAAAAAGAAAAUUGUUUUCUUCAUUCUUCUCAUGGUUUUCGUGUAUCUCAACAUUAAGUUUCCAUUUUGGCAUUAUAUAGAAAUUAAUGGAAUAGAAAAAAUAGAAACAGAAAAAAACAACACAGACAAAGCUGCAAGAGAACAAAAUAUACAUGUAUAUGUAAAUGUAAAUGAAAAGAUGCAAACAGAAAAAGAGAACUGCUCUGAAUUUAUUCAUAGUAAUUUAAAUACACAGGUAACUUAUACAUUAUUACAAACAUUAAAAUUGUUUAUCGUUUGUAAACAAAAUGAAAAUAAAACUUUUAAUGAGAUAAUUUACGACAUUGUUGGUGGCUUACAGUGUGAUCCACAUGCAACCCUCUCUACGAUUAAGAGGCCACCUAUAGCUCUUGCUAGUUUUCCUGGUUCAGGAAAUACAAUGACUCGUCGGAUUGUAGAAAUACUUACAGGUACAACAACGGCUUAUUCAGAUAAGAUUGUCAAUUGCACAUCUUCAAAAGGCUCUCGUUACAUCAUUAAGACGCAUGCAAUGCAAUUUAAACCGAGUGAUAAAGAAUGUCAAAAUCACGAUUAUGUAAAAGCCAUAUACAUCAUUAGAAAUCCAUUUAAGGCUAUAUACGCAGAGUAUAACAGACUUUUAGCAUCUUUGAACAGACAAAAGACUUUUCUCUCAAAAGGCAUUUACUUCGGAAAUACUUGGAAGAAAUUUGUGAUACGUCAAGCGGAUCUUUGGAAAGAUAUGACCGUCUUUUGGCUGAAAAAGUUUAAACAUCCAGUACAUAUUUUAGUAUAUGAACAUAUUAGAGGAAAUCGCAUCGACGAAGCUUUAAAACUUAGUACAUUUUUACAAGUGAAUUCUACAUUGAAAAUGUUGUGCUGUACUUUCAGUCAGUAUGUGGAAGAAAAAAAAAGAAGCUAUCCCCAUUCUUUAACAAGCAAAACAUUAUAUGAUAUAUAUGACAAAACACAAAUAGCACACAUAAACAGAGCAAUCUUUCAAACACUUAGAAUCACACAUCUUAAUGUCUUACGUGACUACAUAUUACCAUAUCAACAACAUGAUGAUAGUGUAGACGUACAUGUUAACACAACUGUUAAGUCCUGAAAAUUAUUAUUUUUCACAGGUAAAAGCUCUUGUCAAAAUCUAACACAGUUUUAUCCAAUUGUCUGGUUUAGAGUGGAAUUAUUCAACAUUCUUACGUUGAAUCAUUGCUAAUGUUUUGCAAGAAUAAGCAAAUAAUAGAAAGGAUCGAAAACAUAAUAAGCAUUUAAGAAGCAUAAAUUGUUCUAAGCGACAUUUUGAAAAAAAAAACACUUUCAAUGCCGACUGAAUAAUAAUACCUUUAUCAGUAAAGCUGUAUUAUAAGUAUUAAAAUGUUGUGAAUAAAAAAAAAACUUACAUCCUUUUUAACAAUGUACAUUUUAUAAGUAAAAUAUUUGAUGCUAUUCAAAAAGAAAGAAAAAUUAAAUAAGAAAAUAAAGAUACACACACACGCUUACACAAACAAAAUACUUUCGGCUGUGCAAGCACUGACGGACCAUGGUAAACAUCCGUUUGUUUAACCGUGCUACUUACUGCAAAUAGGUACAAUUUGAAAGACACAAUGGGAGAAACAUUUCUGCACGGUGUUCAAGCUAAGAAAAUUAUAUACCUCAUACAAUAUUGCACUGUUUGCAAUUAUUACCGAGAAAAAGGUUGACAGAAACAAUAAUACUGUAAAUCCUGUGUAUUUUGCGAUGUUUUAAUUUUCGCUAUUAUUCGCGAAUUGGUUGCACCUCGAAUUCAUUAUACCGCGUAAAUUUUAUACCACAACAUACAUUAUACAAAUUUAUAUUGGAUACAAAAUUCUUGAAAUUGUGAUCAAGUUUGAUAAUGAAUACAAUAACUGAUUUUAAAAUAAUAAAUGUGUACAAUGUUUCAUUUACAUAAUACUAAAGGUAAGA